AUGUCAUAUGGCACUACUUCAACCCAAAGCCCUCCCCUGGCAAUUCCAAUUGGUGCCCCUAUUCGUUCUCGUCGGGCCUCAAUAUUCGAUGCUGGUGGUCCAAACUCCAUUAGUGAGUUUGUUGGUUCCUAUUCCAGAAUGCAAAGUCAUAUGCAAAACUUGAUUGUUCCUCAAGAUGAAGCAGCAAGUCAUAGCCCAAGAUUGAGCUUUGAUGAUAACGCGCCUAGUAUCUUCCCUAGUUAUGGUGCAAUUCUGGAUGAAAAUAGUAUUUUCAACGAUGCCAAUAGCGUGUUUAAUGAUGCCAGCAUUAUGUCUGGGUCUUUGGUUCCUGGCGACUUGGAAGACCAAUUGUUAUCACGCAAUCGGUUAUACUCUCUGAAUUCUAGAAUCACCGGUAAAGGGGAUGACGGAACUUUGAUCAUUGGAAGAAGUACCGCUCCUCAAACAAUUUUCAAUUCGAUCAAUAUCUUGAUUGGUGUUGGUCUCUAUUCCUUAUCUUAUGGGUUCAAAUAUUCAGGAUUGGUUUAUGGGGUAUUGCUUUUAGCGCUCUGUGGGGUCGUUACCAAUUAUUCGGCUUUGUUGAUUGGUAGAUGCUUGAAAAGCAAUUCCAAUUUGUUUUCUUAUGGGGAUAUUGCCAGACACUGUUAUGGUGACCUUGCAUUUAUUGGUUGUGUCAUUUCCUUCUCGUUGGAUUUGAUUGGAGCAGCAGUGGCACUUAUCAUUUUAUUUUCGGACUCGUUCCAUACAUUCUAUCCAAAUAUCUCCAGUUUCACCUUCAGCAUCAUUUAUUGCUUCAUUAUUUUGGGUCUCUCAUUGUUGCCGCUAAACAUUUUGUCUAACUUGAGUUUUGUUGGAAUUGUUUGCACUAGUGGUACUGUGCUUGUAUGUAUCAUUGCUGGGUUUUCCAAACCUUCAGGUCAAGGUUCCUUAUUGUCCCCAUCAGAAAUGUUUUUGUGGCCAGAAGAAUAUAAAUACUUGUUGGUGUCAUUGGGGAUCUUUUUGGCGUUGUUUGGUGGCCAUGCUGUUUUCCCUGAGUUGUAUCGUGAUAUGAGACAUCCCCAAAAAUUUGGCAAGUCAAUUACCAUUGCCUUUAGUUUCACUAUCACUCUUGACAUGACCGCCGCUUUAAUUGGUUACAUCAUGUUUGGUAACGAUGUUGCUGAAAUCUUGACAAAUUCUAUCAUGAAAGCCGAAGGUUAUGCCAGUUGGAUUCCAACCACAUUAUGCUUAUUCUUAGGGUUGGUGCCAUUGACCAAAGGCCCUUUGGUUAUUCGCCCAGUUUCCACAGUUCUUGACCAAUAUUUCAAUGUUCACACAGACCCAAGACCCCAUAAUCCAAUCAAAAUCAUGGACAAGGCGAUUAUUAUUUUUAUUGCCUUCCUUAUUGCCAACUUGUGUACUAGUUUUGCUCAAGUUAUGGCGGUUAUGGGAAGUUUGAUUUGCUUCACCAUUUGCAUCACAUUGCCAUUCUUGUUUUAUUAUAAGAUGUUUUACGAUGAAUUGAGCCAUUUCAAAAGACUCUUCUUUGAAAUUAGUAUUGGUAUCAGCUUGGUCUUGACCGUUGCCGGUACUUAUUGUGCUCUCGUAUAUUGA